AUGCUCAAAGCUGAGGACAUUCUCGAUGACGGCCUCUACAGACGGGGCUUCGGCAUUACCAAAGUGUCAGAUUUUAUUCCCCUGAUUCAGUGCAUCGCCCGCCAUGUGCCGCUCUACCUGCUUAAGGGCAAUCACGAUGACACCAUCCCGCAAACUCUCGUCGAUAAGCUCUUUCCGCACGAGAAGGGAGACGUGCUCUACCGCGACCAUGAGAUUGCCGACUUUCCGCAGGUGUGUGUGUGUGUGUGUGUGUGUGUGUGAACCCUUGAUGACGUCUGUGUGUGUCUGGGGCGGGUGCCUGGUGCUGGAUUUGGUUCACGGAGACAUGUGGGACUUUAUCAAUGCAGACAACCCCAAACACCGGCAGAAGUUGGAUCACUAUGGCUGUAGGAACGCCGCUUACAGGUGAGUGAGUGAGUGAGUGAGUGAGUGAGACACGCCAACACCUAUGGGCGGGGAGCUUCUUAUCGAGGCUGCUCUGUUCGGCACUCAGGCGGUGUUUCGGGGACUUGCGCAAGGAAGCUGAGGAUUUUUUUUUUCAACCUCACGUGA